GAAAAGUGCCUUGCGAUAAUGAAUGGUGUAGCUGUUGAAACAAAUCGUCCGUUACGAUAUCGUUGUACAUAUUGCGAAAGGAUGUUCCAUCAUCGGAAGGAUAAGGUAUUUUUUGUUGGCAUCGCUUCACUGUUUUGGUUGCUUGUACUCACAAAAUUGCCAUAG